AUGCUGCAACCAAAGCAACUAUCAGAUCGGCACAAAGAUGCUGCCGACCUAACGAACAACAACAAGAAGACGAACAUAAAGAGCACCUCUUCGAGUAGUGGUGGUGCUGGUGGUGAUGACCACUUGAAAAAUGGUGCCCUUGUAAAUGAAUCUAAACAACCAUUCUAUUUAGCACCAGCAUUAUCAUCGUCGGGAUAUUCCUCAAAAUUUAAAUGUGGUGUUUUAAAGGCUUCUCGUUUAGUGUCGGAUGAAGAUGAUCAAGAUGAUCAGCAAGCAUCAGCAACAUCGGAUUUAUAUGCCACGUAUUACAACUCAGCAUUAUUGAGUGGUGAUCAAAUUGUUACAAAAAAAGAUAUUACAAAAACUAUUAUACUUGCAUUGGGAAGAAAUGAAACGUCUUGUCUUGGGUUUCCAUCGCAAAACGUUCAUGCAAUUUCAUAUCCAAAAUAUUUAAAUCCAAUUCUGAGAUCGUGUGGUGUCAAGGAGGGCUAUGAACGUGUGGAAUCAAUUCACACACUAAGCAAUGACGAGAGAGGAUAUACUGUCUUUUUGACGAAUUUUCGAAAACACUUUUAUGUGUGUGGAGGAGAAAUGAAACCAAAGAAGAAACCCAAGAAAAAGUCAGAUAAGAAGAAACAGCAGCCACAAGACGAAUUAUUUCCACCGCUCUCGAAUCCAACUGCAGUUCCAUUCCAUUGGAAGGAUGACGACGAUUUCAUUGAACAAGUGGCUCUAGGAAAUCAACACUUCUUUGUGUUGACUAAAAAGAAGAAACUGUAUGGACUUGGAUCGAAUAAGCAUUUUGAGCUUGGACUUCCAAAAAAGAAAUUCACAGAGCAAUUGAUAAGGGUGAGUGUGAACAAUGGAGAUAUUGUGGAGAGUGUAGUGUGUGGAGUGAAUUGCUCAUUUUUCAUUACAAAUCUUGGAAAGGUUUUUUGCUGUGGUGACAAUGGAUAUGGAAAGCUUGGAGUCUAUAAGGAUGAAGUUUCUGUUCCUUUGCAAUUGCCUCUCACUGGAGUUGAGAGUGUACAUUGCGGAGGUACACAUACUAUUUUCAAAAAGAAAGACGGUGCCCUCUACGCUGCAGGUAACAACUUACUUGGACAAUGUGGUCUUGGAAGUACAGAACUCAUACCAGGCCUCUCUCAAAUUCCACCUUUCACAGAUUGUGAAAUUAUUUCCAUCAAAUGUGGAGAAAAUUUUACCAUGUUUUUAACUCUCUCUGGACAAGUAUAUAUUUGUGGAUAUUUUGGAUUUUCGACAAGCUCUGCUGAGUUGAAUAGUGACGAAUUUUCAUACACUUCACCCACACGAAUUGGAUUUUUUGAUACACUGAAUACGUUUGUGACUUCCAUUGAGUGUGGAUCAGAUUUCGCAUAUUUUGUGACUCAUCGUGGCGAUAUUUACGGAGCUGGUUCAAAUUUCUAUGGGGUUUUAGGUGAUUUUUCAAACCCCCCUCGGAAUCGAAGAAAUUACGAGAGUGACAAUGACAGUCAUGCAAACCAUUCUUCAGAAGAGGAGGAAGACUCCUCAUUCUUUGACUCCAAUAAUGGCAAUUCUGAGAGUGUGCAAGUCAUCACCCGACUCGCUUGUUUUGAUAAAUACCGUUCCAUUGCCACAAAAGGUUGGAAAGCGUGCUCCUCUGCAUGGAGUGACAGUGCCUUCUUCAUUAGAGAAGUCAAUAAGGAAAUUGAAAGGUUUCUUACUGAAUUAAUGUCAAACACUCAAUUCUCUGACAUUACCUUAAUAACUACCCAUUAA